AUGUCGAUGUAUGACAGCAGGGCACAUGGGCUAAAGUUGGGGAUGAAGGCUGCAUGUGUGCAUGGGUUGUGGCCCGGUGCCUCGCUGCAGCUGUGGGGCGGGGUCAUGGUGUUGACUAGCCCCACUACCCGAGCUGGAAAGGGGAGGUUGGUACGAACGGACGUGCGCUGGCAACUGAAGGGAAGAAGCAACUGUGAGACUUUCAAUGUUGUGUCAGGCUCAGCAGCAGGAGGACCUGUUCCUUCUACCAUUUGGGAUUCUGAACAUGGCAUGUUUUUGUGGAAUUUAGCCGAAAGGCGAGCAGCGUUCACCCUAACAAUUGAGUAA